GCACCAACUUCUUCCUUUGGUUUUUCCAUAUAUGUUUGGAUCAUUUCUUUAUACGGAGUGAUCAUUCUUAAUAAGCAGUUUUGAUUUGCUUUUACUAAUGGUCGUGAAUUACUAGGUUUCCUUGGUGGGUUUUUCAAAGUUUUGGUUUUUAUUGCUGUUUUGUCUGAUAGCCGGUUGUGUUUUUGGCUGAGAAGAUGAUCUGCACGAUCAAGCAAUCAACUUUAGGUAGUUGCGUUAAUGGGUUGGGGUCCGAUUCCAUACUUCAACUGAGAACGCCGUGCCUAAUUCGUCGAUCUUUCUUUACACCUCCUCUUGAGGCUCAGAGUGUCUCAAAGACCUUACUUGCUGUGUCGAAACCAUUGCACGUCUCCUCAAUUGAGGGGCUCGGCUCGAUCAGACCUCUAAAAUCGGUGAUCAAAUGUAAGGCUUAUGAGGCUGAUCGACCGCCACCGGUGGAGGCACCGGAUGCGAAAUCGGAAGGUACGAAGAGGGUGAAGAUUGGGAUUUACUUUGCGACCUGGUGGGCUUUGAACGUAGUGUUCAAUAUCUAUAACAAGAAGGUCUUGAAUGCGUAUCCGUAUCCUUGGUUGACUUCCACUCUUUCUCUUGCUUGUGGGUCUCUGAUGAUGCUGAUCUCGUGGGCCACGGGCAUUGCAGAGCCGCCGAAGACGGAUUUCGGGUUCUGGAAGACCUUGUUUCCGGUGAGUGAUUUUGAAUUUCGCUUGACUAGUGAGAAAGUGAGGGAAGGUAAGAGGGAUGGUUUUUCUUCGGUUUGGUUUUCACUCUGGUUUAUUAAUUUUUUUAUUUUUUGGCUGUUUGAAUGAAAUUUUGUGUGGUUCUCCAGAAAAUGAGGAAAAUGAAACAUUAAACUCAUGAUCAUGGGUUUUAUGUUGUUUGAACUUGGUGAUUGAUGGAAAUGUUUGGUUCUACCCUGGCUUGAGAAAACUACCGUUUGUCUGAUUGCUGAGGGUAUGAGGUGGAAUGAAUAUAGGAGAGUUGACCCAAAAAAUAUCAAGAUUUCAUCUUUUUGUCACAACUAAUUGAAUCUCAAUUUCAUUAAUUUUUCUGUCUUUGCUUCAGAACCUAAUGGAUGGACAGAGUUCUGGUUUUUUCUUUGUUUUCUGACUUUGUGUUUCAAUCUUAGAAGUUUCUGGGUUUUGUUUUUGCUAGGUUGCUGUGGCACAUACGAUUGGACAUGUAGCAGCAACGGUGAGUAUGUCAAAGGUUGCAGUUUCAUUCACCCACAUCAUCAAGAGUGGUGAGCCUGCUUUCAGUGUCUUGGUUUCUAGGUUCCUCCUUGGUGAGACCUUUCCCGCUGCUGUUUACCUGUCCCUGAUCCCAAUCAUUGGUGGUUGUGCUCUUGCUGCCGUAACUGAGCUCAACUUCAACAUGACUGGUUUUAUGGGGGCUAUGAUAUCAAACCUAGCAUUUGUCUUCCGCAACAUAUUUUCAAAGAGAGGCAUGAAGGGGAAGUCUGUUAGCGGGAUGAACUACUAUGCUUGUCUCUCCAUGUUGUCCCUCUUAAUUCUCACUCCUUUUGCAAUUGCUGUAGAGGGACCACAGAUGUGGACAGCAGGAUGGGAAAAGGCCAUAUCACAAAUUGGACCACAAUUUAUAUGGUGGGUGGCAGCCCAAAGUGUGUUCUAUCAUCUCUAUAACCAGGUGUCAUACAUGUCUCUUGACGAGAUCUCUCCUUUGACAUUCAGCAUCGGAAACACCAUGAAACGUAUAUCUGUCAUAGUCUCAUCCAUCAUCAUAUUCCACACCCCAGUUAGGCCGAUCAAUGCUUUAGGUGCUGCGAUUGCAAUCCUUGGAACCUUCUUGUAUUCCCAGGCAAAGCAGUAAGGAACCUGGAGUUCAAGAGUUAAUGUUGCUUCAUCAUGUCACAUAGAUUAUGAAAGAGGAAUUGUUAUAGUUCAGUCGAUGUUUUCUUUCUUUCGGGAUCCAUGAUUGCUGGAUUUUGGCAGAUCAACCAGCAGCAUUUCAUGCUGUAGAUAAUGAUAACAAUACUCUUAAACUUCAUAGAGAUUACUACUGGGCUGGAUUUUUUUAUAUGUUUAUUUGGGAAGCUGAGGGGAAAACAAAGUUUUGAUAAGUAAGGGUAAGUGUUGCAACUAGCAAAUCUUGCUCCUUGCAGCAGACAUGCACAACGACAAUGAGGACGAAGUUGUCUAUGUUGUUUAUAAUUAUCACUUUUGGUUCUAUUCUCUAACUUUGAUGACU